AUUCACACAGUUACAUCGUUGUAAAGUUGAGAUUUUUGGUUGGAACAUGGACAUGAAUUUACUUUUUAAGGAUUAAACUUAAUUGUAAUGUUCAUGUUUUUAUUUAGAUAUCUGAGUUUUGAACUAUUGUAGGAAUCAAUUACAAGAAAAAAAAGAAAAGAAAAGAGGAAUCAGAUAUAAAUUUCUAAUGUGAAACUUAUCUAGUGUUGUGGAAAGUAUGUUGGCAAAUAUUUAAAUUAGUGAGUAUAAAUCCCUUUCUUAUUGAAGAACCAAUAUAAAAAAUUUUAAAUGUAUAAAAGUCACCCAGGACUCUGGUUAACUCUCGGCAAUGCUUCUCGGACAUUGAAACAGAUUAUCAUGUGACUGAAGAGGAAGAACAAUCAUAUUUAGCAGAAAGGGAAGAACAAGCCUGUUCUCUCUAUAUCUACCUCCAGUCUUCUCCCCCAAAAUAACAGCAGGACAGAUACUUUCAAAAUUGUGGACUCUAUGGUUAUAGUCUCACCAUUGGAACAUCUGAUAUCACGAGCAGAUGAACAACAAAGAUCAACUUGAUGUUAAAGAGAUAGCAAUGUCUAUAAGGGAUGAUUUGGCAAACUUGCAGCCUUUAUCUGAUAAUUGCUGUAUCUAUAGAGCACCAAAAAGGGCACAAAAAUUACAUGAGAAGUUAUAUACACCUCGAGUAGUCUCCAUAGGUCCUCUUCACCAUGGAAAAGAAGAGCUCAAAGCAAUGGAGGAGCAUAAAAGGAGGUACCUGUUUGAUUUUCUUCAACUAAGCAAUUCAAGCAAUGGAGUCUCUCUUGAGAGUUAUAUUACUUGUAUAGAGAAAAAUGAGGGAAAGGUACGUAAUUGUUAUGCAGAAACCAUUGAACUCGAGAGUGAGAAAUUUGUGAAAAUGAUGUUAUUAGAUGCCACCUUCAUCAUUAUGCUGCUAGUGAAACAUCACGUCUCUCAAUUGCAAAGCAGCAAUGAUCGUAUAUAUCGUAUACACAAAAAGAUUUACGAUAUAAGACAUGACAUCAUUUUACUUGAAAAUCAGGUUCCAUUUUUCAUCCUUGAGGAAUUGUUUCAGCUCUCUAAUAUUGCUGGAAGUGUGGGUGGGCUCUCCAUGAUUGAGCUCACUCAUAGAUUCUUUCAAGGCAGAUGGGAUUCCUGGGUGACGAAGGAUAUUUUGAAGGAAAAUGACUUCUCUCAAGUAAAACACUUUCUUGACUUUCUUAGAAUUUGUCAGAGACCACAGAGGCCGAAGCAGCUCAAGGAAAUAGAGAAACUAAUGAUACCAACGGCGACUGAGCUCUACCAUGCAGGGGUGAAGUUUGAGUUGCAUCCAAGUGGAAACAAACUAGACAUAGAAUUUGAUAAUGGCAUUCUGAAAAUCCCACAUUUUAGAAUAGAGAAAGAAGUAGAAAUUUUGUUGAGAAAUCUCCAAACCUAUGAGGAUUGCCAUUGUGAUCCAGGUGACAUGCAUAUAAACGACUACAUUGUCUUGAUUGGGAAGCUUUUGAAAUCUGGUAAAGACGUUGAAAUACUUGAUGAAAGUGGAAUGAUAGAGAAUUGGAUGCAGAACAACGAAGCAGCUGCAACUCUUUUCUGCAACAUGGACUGUACUGCCGAUCCUGAAAACUUCUAUUUUUCUAAAGUCGUCGACGAUCUCAACUCAUAUGAGAAAAGUACUUGGCACAAGUGGAUCGCGAAUUUGAAACAAAACUAUUUUAACACUCCAUGGGCUGGAAUCUCUGUUGCUGCUGCCGUUAUUCUCCUCGUACUCACUCUGAUGCAAACAGUGUGUUCCUUUCUUCAAUUGGCUAAGGCUUAAAGCUUUAGUUAGCUUCCAUUUCGAUUGUUUUGAGUGAAUGUUGGGUUGCUUUUGUAGUGUAUGCAUCACGUUCAUGAUAUUUUGAUAUUUUGAAGAACGUGAUAUUUUGAUAUUUUGAAAA